AUGAAGACGUUGGUGUUGUUGAACUGCAUCCUCGUCGUCGUCGCCUUCACAACUCAACAGAAACCACAACACUUACCGAUACAACGACAGCUAGCAUUAGAGCAACAACUUUUUCAAGCCUCCCGACAACAACAACAAGCAGACAGCAGCCAACCACAUCAUCAUCAACAACAACAACAUCUACCAGAAAAGGAACAAAUCACAAAAAAACAAACCACCAAAAUACUUCGGGAGAUAAAACUUAUCCGCGAAAAGAAAUCUCUGCCUAGGCCAAUAUGGCUGAACCAUACAGUCGUUCAUAGGAUUGAUUGCCAACAGUGGCUUGCGAAGAACAACCAGACGUCACUCAUGUACCUCUUUGGCGCUGCCUCUGCCGUUGAAAAUUCAGCCUUACAUCUGAAGAACUAUAUCCUCGACUCGAAGGGGGUCAGAGGUCAUUCAGAAUUGUUGAAGGAGUUCGAGGACUUUCCCGUCAGAGACUUCCUAAAGAAUCGAUCGUUGUUCAAUGAUGAGAAGCAGGGAGCCAUGGAAUGGUUCCGAUUGAACAUGCAGAUGUUGUUUGAUGACAUGAACGAUUAUUUCGCCCAAAGGUUGCUGACCGCCUCUGAGGACAUCAAAGAGAUGAACAUCCAGCAGAAUGAGAAGGAGGAAAAUGCCGUCUUCAUUUUCCUCUUCGACCACUUGCACCAUCAGACUCUCGAAUUGCGCUGCCUUCUAAAUCAUUGGCUGAAAAAACUUUCCAGCCAGACACACACCCACAACCACAACUACCGCUACAACCUCAUUGAGGACAAAUUCCUUAGAAGAACAAGAAACGAGAGAUUUUCCUCGAACGUUUAUUUUCCUAUGAAGUACAAGAAGCUGGUUGAAGAUUUGGCAGUGUUGAGAGAUGUGGCCUUGGAGAUCAACUGGUUUGUCAAUGAGGAGAUCCUGCUCGGAAUGUUCAACAACAGCACUGCAAAAAAGAACAAAAGGGUAGGAAUAAGCUACAGAAAGUUGAACAAACUUUUGAACAAUAAAAGAUCUAAUGACGUUGUUAAUUGGGGAAUGGAUGAAUAA